AUGGCCCCAUCGAUCGCCAUGUCAGCACUGAGCGCCGGUGUGAAAAGCGAAGACCUCUCCCCCCGCUCCCCCAGAGGCGACAUGCAGACCAGCCUGAGCCCCGCAGAGGAGACCGAGAAGCCCAAAGUCGCGAUCCUGCCGUUCAGCGUGGAGGCGCUGAUGGCUGAUCGGAAGCCCAGCAGAGAGCUGCCAUCUCCGGACGGCGCAGCCGGGACGUCCCAUGCGCUGAAGGGGACGCGGAUGAGCGCCUUCGCUGGUUUGGAUGCUUCCGUUCCGGCUUUGCAGAUGAGCUCUGCGUUUUCUGUGGGAGAAAUCAUGAACAUUUCCGAGGACGUGCUGAUAAAACCCGAGAGCCCGGAUAGUCAGGAGAGGACUUCAUGGAUGCAGAGUCCACGUUUUUCUCCAACCCCUCCAAGACGUUUGAGUCCUCCUGCAUGUCCGCUGCGUAAACACAAGACGAACAGAAAGCCCCGGACCCCGUUCACCACGUCCCAGCUGCUGGCGCUGGAGAGAAAGUUCCGCCAGAAGCAGUACCUCUCCAUCGCGGAGCGCGCAGAGUUCUCCAGCUCCCUCAACCUGACAGAGACACAGGUCAAAAUCUGGUUCCAGAACAGAAGAGCCAAGGCCAAGCGCCUCCAGGAGGCAGAGUUGGAAAAACUGAAAAUGGCAGCGAAGCCCAUGUUGCCUCCCGCGUUCGGGAUCUCCUUCCCUCUCGGCGCGCACGUCCCGGCUUCCUACGCGGGAUCGCAUCCGUUCCAGAGGCACUCGCUGCCGGUGUCUCCAGUGGGACUGUACGCAGCUCAUGUGGGAUACAGCAUGUACCACCUGGCUUGACAGUAGAGACGCCAAAAGAGGGGAGUAGGACUACCUUUUUCAAAAAGAGAUCGGACCCAUUUUGGACCAGUGAUGUAAUAAGCAUCCAAGGGGGGAGGUCAGCGGUGCGUCUGGUCAGGCUAGGGUGGGAGCAAGGCUUCCAAACGGACCCACUCUCCUGUCCAUACCUGGCCAGUAAUGUUCCACUCUGCAAAAAACGUGUUUCAUUAGGUCUCACAUGUGAUAUACAAAAAUCUGAGGAUCAAAACCGUUUUUGUUGUUUUUGCAGUUGUGGAAGAUGACCUGUUGAUCUUGAAGUCAAGUAUUGACACUUAACAGGGCGUCCAUGACAGCCAGGUGAGAAAUGACAGGAUUUUUUUUUUUCAGAGAUCAAGGUGUAGCCUCACAUUUCUUUGCUGGGAACCAACAAACUUUCAUCCACAAGUUGAUAUCAAACCAAACUAAGAAAUCCACACUUUGGCAGUUUUUUUCUUUUUCUUAUUUGAUCUUUUUUUUAUCUUUACAUAAAUGCACAACCACAGCAUGUCAAUCAGAAGCCUGGAGAACCACAGCAUCUGUUUUUGUUUGUUUGUUCGUUUCUUCAAUAACAGCACUGUCUGUUGUCGGAUUGAUUCCCUUAUUUUGGAAGGGAAAACGUGUACUGUAAAGUAAUGUAUAUUUGAAAAAAAUAUCCUCAUUUAUAUUCUGAAUAUAUUUGUGACAUAACUUAACAAUAAAUUGUUUAUUCUUUUUUUCCAU